UUCUCCAGCCUGGAACAAUGUAAUUAUCAUAGCAAUGAUUGCACUAGCAGCAGUAAUUAGUAGCGCGGACCCUUCCGGAUGCUGACUCCCAUGUAAUAUGCACGAGGCCAUUCAAAUAUCCCCGCUUGCUAUCUGAAGUGAAAUCCGAGAGGCUUAAAGAGAAGCAGCUUAAGCGGUAGAGUUAGAGAGCGAGCGGAGGGAGGGGUACAAGUGCACGUCAGCUGCCUACAAAUGACACACUGCAAUCAUAAACAGUCUCGCGGCGCGUUCUUUCGCGCCUUUUCGUUAGUGAAGUAAGAAGAAGACAUCGAGAUACUCGGAGAACAGCGGCUUCUGUUACUGAUUUAGCGGAUAAGACGUUUCUAGCGCACUUCUGAGGGACUUCUACUCCUCAGCCCACAAAAAAGCUCCAUCGCAGCCGCCUGAGAGUCUGGAUGGAGCGCGAAGGAUCCUGCUGGAGCUCGAGUCGAGAGAAUAGAAUAAACCCCAUGCCGAUUAUAUAAGGAUUUUGCGACAAAGAAAGUCAGGAGACAGAAAGGCUGCUUUCCUCAUCACUAAUUCGCCCGAAUAAACUGCACGCCAGGGUUUAUAUUAUGGACAAUGUAGUCUUUGAGCUCGGUGUGGUUGACUUCUUUGGAUUAUUUUCCACGUUUAGUUAUGCUGAGCAGCCGUGCAGUGUUAUUAGCCUACUGGCGCGAUUUUGGACACUGGAUUCAGAUAAUAUCGUCUUGAUGCCUGCAGGUUUGCGCUGGUCACUAGAUUGAGACUGCUGUGUGAAGUCUUCAUGCUGUGGGGUAAAUACACUAUCUACUUCAUCUAAUCCUGCUUACAUGAAGUUCAGCUCUCUUGCAACUUGAUAUUCAAUUAUUCAUGCAGCCUUCAAGUCUGAAAGUUCAAAUGUUUCACUGCUGACAAGAUUGACACCUGCCAAUUCGGAUGGGCAGAUCCUAAUGCAUUGACACCUGUCGCAAUAUGGUGAUAUACUGAAGUGGUACAGGUCUGAUCACACAUGUCCUGCAGUGGCAGCAGCACGACACUUACAAGCAUCAAGACAGAUGAUGCCAUUUAUUCGCGAACACUGAUGCUCUCACUGUACAGAUGAUCUUCUCUGUGUGGGAAUGGUUCAAUGGCACAUUACCGACGGACAUUUUCAGCCGUUUACUCGUAAAUGAGGGCAUGUGGCAUGAGUCCAGCAGAGAGUAUCUCCAAGAAUGAGAGCAUGUUGCCCUCGCCCCAGGUGUGCGUGUCUACUCUGGUGACAGUGAGCACAAUGGCCGUGGUCGACCUCUACCUGCUGGAGCAGAGCAUGCUGGGACCUCGAGGCGGAGCCCGUCCUGCAGUAUGGCCAUGUGUCGCCGUCGCGCUGGGUGACCUGUGUUUUCUGCUGGCACUGCGCUUUGUUUCCGCCGGUGUGGUUUCGGAGGCUCGCUCUCCCCGCCGGGGCUUCGCCAACGCUCUCUGGUUUCUUUUCCUCUCGCUGCUGCAGCUGAAGCUUUUCUUUGUGUGUCAGAACUACAGACAGGAGAGACGACCCCCAGAUCCUCUCGCCCGCAAGACUCUGACUCUUUUACUUUCUGUGUGCCUGCCCUCGCUGUUUCUCAUCCUGACAGGAGCCGACUACAUGACUCCACUCCGAAGGAAGCAGGAGGUGCGCAGCCGGCUUCUGUGGGUGGUGGUUGACUUGCUUGAUGUGUUGGAUCUGCAAGCCGGGCUGUGGGAGGCGCAGGGAAGCGUGGGGGUUCCUCUUUGGGUGGAGGGUAUAGUUUUCUUUUACUGUUACGUGCUGUUGCUGUUGCUGCCAUGCGUGUCGCUCACGGAGCUGGGUGCCACUGCGCUGCCUGGGCUCCAGGCGGCUCGGAAGGAGGCCAUCUAUCCGUGGCUCAGCCUGGUGACCAUUAACCUGUUCACGCUCGUGCCCAGAGGGGUCGGGAUGCUGUGGUACAGGGACCCACGGGUGUCCACGGUGUUCCUGGGGAAAAACCUGCUGGCUCUUGCGGUAAAGUUGAGCUCUGCCUGGGAGAGACACAGAAAGGGCAGCGGAGGGAUGCAGGGCGCAGGAGCCGCCACAGGAACUGGAAAUCAGACUCGAGGGGUGGCUUCGGAGCAAGCCACGGAGCAGGAGCAAGAGUGCACGUCUCCAGAGUCGUCCUCUACGCGCUACCACACGCUCUCACGCACUCACGGACACAGCCACACGCUCUCUCACGUCAGCCUAGACCCCACUGAGACCUCCCUGGGACCGGCUUACAUUUCCCACGAGCUCUAGAGGUCAUGAAAGAGCCCUGAAACUGUGCUUUUGGCAAGAUUAGCAGAGAUAACUCAUCGUAUUAGCACACUUUGUAGUUUGUACAGCUGAUGAUUUGUAAAGCCAAACACGAGCAGCCUGCUGUGGUGUGAAGCUCCCAGACAAAAAUUAUAAUGAGGCAGAGGGGGGAGCUGUUUUAAUUAAGUGCCUUCUUAAAAGAGCAAUAAUUAAUAUUGUUACUCUUGUUCGUUUUGGUGUUCAUCAAGGACUUGAAUUAAACCAUGUACUGUGAAGCAUGACCACUAUUAAUAUUCCACUCUGUAAUAAAAAUGUUUC